AGAUUUCACUCAAUUAUCAGAUCAUAACUAAACUACCUAAAGAUGGAUUUAGGAGGAAUUAUCUUAAUCUUCCUUUUCAGUACCCUCUGCCUCUAUCUCCUUUGGACAAUCAUUAAACUCCUUUAUUUAAUAUGGUGGAUGCCACUUCAAAUACAAAAUAGAAUGAGUUUUCAGGGAAUCAAAGGCCCCCCUUAUAGCUUUCCCCAUGGGAAUACCAAAGAAAUCUCACUAAUGAGAAGCCAAACUAUGGACAAACCUAUGAUGGAUAUUUCUCAUUACAUUUUCCCAAGAAUUCAGCCUCAUGUUUACUCUUGGACAAGGAUGUAUGGGAGGAAUUUCCUCACUUGGCAUGGCUCAAAACCAUACUUAUUUGUUACUGAACCGGAGCUUAUCAAAGAAAUAUUGGCCAACAAAGAAGACUCUUACCCAAAAAUGGACAUGGAAGGCUAUGCUAAAAAACUACUAGGGAAAGCACUUAUAACCAAUGAAGGUGAAAAAUGGGCAAAAGUAAGAAAACUAGCCAACCACACUUUCCACGCCGAAAGCCUGAAACGUAUGGUGCCAGAAAUGAGUGCAAGUGUUCAAACAAUGCUAGAGAAAUGGAAAGAACACGAAGGAAAAGAUUUCGACGUGUUCAAGGAUUUUGGACUGUUAACAACUGAAGUAAUUUCCAGGACAGCAUUUGGAAGCAGCUAUAUGGAAGGAAAACAUAUUUUCGAGAUGGUGGCAAAAUUAACUGCAAUAACUGUCAAAAAUAUUUACAAUGUCAGAUUUCCUGGAAUCAGUAUGCUAAUAAGAACAGAUGAUGAAAUUGAAGCAGAGAAACUUGAAAGAGGAAUCAAGAGCUCCAUUCUUGAGCUAGUAAGGAAAAGAGAAAAGGUAAAAGAUGGAAUGUUUGAGAAUUUUGGGACUGAUUACCUAGGACAACUUAUGAAGCUUUUGCACGAACCGGACACGAACAAAAGUAUCACAAUAGAUCAAAUGAUCGACGAGGUCAAGGCAUUGUAUGGUGCAGGACAUCUUACAACUACGAGCUUACUUGGCUGGUCUGUUUUUCUCUUAGCACAUCAUCCAGAAUGGCAAGAAAAAGCCAGAAAGGAAGUGUUCGAAUUUUGUGGCCUUAGAACUCCAACUUCUGAUGCAAUCACAAGGCUAAGAACAAUGAACAUGAUACUUAAUGAAUGUAUGAGAUUGUAUCCUCCGGUUAUUACAAUGACAAGAAAAGUUGAAAGAGAAGUUAGACUAGGGAGCAUGACUCUUCCUGCUAACAUGACAAUUUUCAUGCCAAUUUUGGCACUGCACCAUGAUCCACAUAUCUGGGGCAAAGAUGUUCAUAUUUUCAAACCCGAGAGGUUCGCAGAAGGGGUGGCUAAAGCAACAAACAACAACGCAGCAUCGUUUUUCCCGUUCGGAUUGGGACCUCGUACUUGUGUUGGUCUGAAUUUCACAACAAAUGAAGCAAAAAUUGCCUUGUCAAUGAUUUUGCAGCGUUAUAAGUUCACUCUGUCGCCUAAUUAUGUCCAUUAUCCUUCUGAUAUUUUCAUUUUGACUCCCAAGGUUGGAGUUAAAGUUGUCCUUGAAUCUAUUUAGGGUAUAUCAAUGUCCCUAAACAAUGUACAUAAAUAAAAGUUUUGCAAACAAAGCUUCUGAAUUCACGAG